GCUAGGUCCAGGACAUGGGCUGGGCCUAAAAUCUCCCCCUCUUGUUUCUCUAGAAGUCUGUACUGUGAGGCUCUUCUCUCUGCAGCUUGUGCCUGAGGCGAGCAGUAUCGGUGAGUUCUGAAUCCAACACUUGAGCUUGUACACAAGAGCUCGACAAAAUGGUUAUUCCUCCACCAGCUAGGGCACCUAAUAUCGCAAAGUAUCUUAAGCCUUAUGUCUUGAGGAUGCAUUUUACAAACAAGUAUGUAAGCGCCCAGGUGAUCCACAGGUCAACUGCCACUGUAGCAUCUUCUGCAAGUUCUCAGGAAAAAGCCUUGAGAGAAAGUAUGGACUCUUUACGGGAUGUUGCUGCGGCUGCAAAGAUUGGCAAGAUAUUGGGAGAGCGACUGCUGCUCCAAAACAUCCCUGCUGUUUCUGUCCACUUGAAGAGAGAACAGAAAUAUCAUGGCAAGAUCAAAGCUGUUGUUGAUUCUGUAAGAGGAGCAGGUGUGAAGCUACUUUAAGUUGGUAGCAAGGAAAAAAUAGUUGAAAAACAAUUCUUGAAUUUCCUCAGAAAAUUCUAGUUCCUAAUAGUUUUAUCUCAGCAUCGGAUAAGAUAACCACACUUGGGGGAGAUCAAUGAGAAGAAAUGCAUGGUGGGAUUUAUUGUCUUUCUGAUGCUGUUCUUUUGUGAUUUUGUUUGCAAGCAGUUUGUUAAAAAUUGUGGCUGUUGGUGCAAUGAACAUUUUGCUUGGUCCAUAUGUAGUUAAAUCUGAUCUAUAAAACCAUCUAGUCUUUCAUUUUAAAACCAAA